AUGUGGGAUCAAGGAGGACAGCCUUGGCAGCAAUGGCCAUUGAACCAACAGCAGUGGAUGCAGUCAUUCCAGCACCAGCAGGAUCCAAGCCAGAUUGAUUGGGCUGCAUUGGCUCAAGCUUGGAUUGCCCAAAGAGAAGCUUCAGGACAGCAAAGCAUGGUAGAACAACCACCAGGAAUGAUGCCAAAUGGACAGGAUAUGUCUACAAUGGAAUCUGGUCCAAACAAUCAUGGGAAUUUUCAAGGGGAUUCAAACUUUAACAGGAUGUGGCAACCAGAAUGGGGAAUGCAUCAGCAACCCCCACAUCCCCCUCCAGAUCAGCCAUGGAUGCCACCAACACCAGGCCCAAUGGACAUUGUUCCUCCUUCCGAAGACAGCAACAGUCAGGACAGUGGGGAAUUUGCCCCUGACAACAGGCAUAUAUUUAACCAGAACAAUCACAACUUUGGUGGACCACCCGAUAAUUUUGCAGUGGGCCCAGUGAACCAGUUUGACUAUCAGCAUGGGGCUGCUUUUGGUCCACCGCAAGGUGGAUUUCAUCCUCCUUAUUGGCAACCAGGACCUCCAGGACCUCCAGCACCUCCCCAGAAUCGAAGAGAAAGGCCAUCAUCAUUCAGGGAUCGGCAGCGUUCACCUAUUACACUUCCUGUGAAGCAGGAGCCUCCACAAAUUGAUGCAGUAAAACGCAGGACUCUUCCAGCUUGGAUUCGGGAAGGUCUUGAAAAAAUGGAACGUGAAAAGCAAAAGAAGUUGGAGAAAGAAAGAAUGGAACAACAGCGUUCACAGUUGUCCAAAAAAGAAAAGAAGACUACAGAAGAUGCUGAAGGAGGUGAUGGCCCUCGUUUACCUCAGAGAAGUAAAUUUGAUAGUGAUGAGGAAGAUGAAGAUACUGAAAAUGUUGAGGCUGCAAGCAGUGGAAAAGUCACCAGAAGUCCAUCUCCAGUUCCUCAAGAAGAGCAAAGUGAACCAGAGAUGACUGAAGAAGAGAAAGAGUAUCAAAUGAUGUUAUUGACAAAAAUGCUUUUGACUGAAAUUCUACUGGAUGUCACAGAUGAAGAAAUUUAUUAUGUAGCCAAAGAUGCACACCGGAAAGCAACAAAAGCUCCUGCAAAACAGCUGGCACAGUCCAGUGCACUGGCUUCCCUCACUGGACUCGGUGGACUGGGAGGUUAUGGAUCAGGAGACAGUGAAGAUGAAAGGAGUGACAGAGGCUCUGAGUCAUCUGACACUGACGACGAGGAAUUACGGCAUCGAAUCCGGCAAAAACAGGAAGCUUUUUGGAGAAAAGAAAAAGAGCAGCAGCUAUUACAUGAUAGACAGAUGGAAGAAGAAAAGCAACAAGCUGAAAGGGUUACAAAAGAGAUGAAUGAAUUUAUACACAAAGAGCAAAAUAGUUUAUCAUUACUAGAAGCAAGAGAAACAGACGGUGAUGUGGUUAAUGAAAAGAAAAGAACUCCAAAUGAAACUACAUCAGUUUUAGAACCAAAAAAAGAUCAUAAAGAAAAAGAGAAACAAGGAAGGAGCAGAUCAGAAAGUUCUAGUAGUGGUAGUUCUAGUAGCAAUAGCAGAACUAGUAGUACUAGUAGUACUGUCUCUAGUUCUUCAUACAGUUCUAGCUCAGGUAGUAGUCGCACAUCUUCUCGAUCUUCUUCUCCUAAAAGGAAAAAGAGACAUAGUAGGAGUAGGUCUCCAACAGCUAAAGCUAGACGUAGUAGGAGUAGAAGUUACUCUCGCAGAAUUAAAAUAGACAGCAAUAGGGCUAGGGUAAAGAUUAGAGAUAGGAGAAGAUCUAAUAGAAAUAGCAUUGAAAGAGAAAGACGAAGAAAUCGGAGUCCUUCCCGAGAGAGACGUAGAAGUAGAAGUCGCUCAAGGGAUAGGCGAACCAAUCGGUCCAGUCGCAGUAGGAGUCGAGAUAGACGUAAAAUUGAUGACCAACGUGGAAAUCUUAGUGGGAGCAGUCAUAAACAUAAAGGUGAGGCUAAAGAACAAGAGAGGAAAAAAGAGAGAAGUCGAAGUAUAGAUAAAGAUAGGAAAAAGAAAGACAAAGAAAGAGAGCGUGAACAGGAUAAAAGAAAAGAGAAACAAAAAAGGGAAGAAAAAGAUUUUAAGUUCAGUGGUCAGGAUGAUAGGUUAAAAAGGAAACGAGAAAGUGAAAGAACAUUCUCUAGGAGUGGUUCUAUAUCUGUUAAAAUCAUCAGACAUGAUUCUAGACAGGAUAGUAAGAAAAGUACUACCAAAGAUAGUAAAAAACAUUCAGGCUCUGAUUCUAGUGGAAGGAGCAGUUCUGAAUCUCCAGGAAGUAGCAAAGAAAAGAAGGCUAAGAAGCCUAAACAUAGUCGAUCGCGAUCCAUGGAGAAAUCUCAAAGGUCUGGUAAGAAGGCAAGCCGCAAACACAAGUCUAAGUCCCGAUCAAGAUCAACAACCCCUCUUCGUCGCAAACGCUGA